AUGUCAAAUAUGGAAGCUAGUCUUACACCCACAAGUUCAACAGAUGAUACACCACAAGUAGUUGGGGAUGGAGCAGCUACACUCCCUUCAUGUCCUCCCACUUCGGGAAAGAUCAAGCCUAUUAGGAAAGCAUCGGAGGUAUGGAAACAUUUCAUUAAGGAACCAUUUGAACUAGGGAGUAAUAUAGGACCUAGAGCUUCUUGGAAGUAUUGUUGUGCAUCUUAUGCAUGUGAUCCCAUAAAAAAUGGGACAUCUACAAUGAUGCAACAUUUGAGAGAUAAGUGUACGGGGGGGUGUCCAUUAAGAGAGGAAAACAAACAAAAAGUUCUUGUAUUUGAUAACAAAGGAACUGUAGUUGCGCAUUCAUAUAGCAAGGAGAGUAGUAGAAUUGCUUGUGUGAAGAUGAUAAUACUUGAUGAGCUUCCAUUUAGGCAUGUGGAAGGUGUCGGUUUUAGGCUAUUUAUGAGAGAGUGUCAACCUAGAUUUGAUCCACCAUCUCGUAGAACCAUUGCUAGAGAUGUGUGGGAUCUUUCUCACGAAGAAAAUGUAAAAAUCAAGAGUGUAUUAAAUCUAAAUUCACAAAAAGUGUCGCUUACCACGGACACUUGGACUUCCUUGCAAAAUGUGAACUAUAUGGCUUUGACAGCCCAUUUCAUUGAUGAUAGCUGGAAAUUGCAUAAAGGUGAGGCUAUUGGGAGACUUGUGGAGGAUUGUUUGCAUGAUUGGGGAAUAGAUAAAGUUUUCACUAUUACACUUGACAAUGCUACGGCUAAUGAUAGGGCCAUUAGGCAUAUGAAGAGGCAAUUGAAGCUUUGGGGCACUCUUUUGCUAGAUGAAGCUGCCUUAAAGUUGCAAAAAGGGUUUGAUAGGUUGGAAGAGGAGGCAGCAGACUAUGCAUCUUAUUUUCAUCAAAGUGGUGGUGAUCGUGAUGAUGGUAUUCCGAAAAAGAAGAAAAGAAAGGUUCAAGAAAGGGAAAUCUGCACUAAAAAAAAGUUGAAGCCUUCAACCGUUGUGGAUUGGGAGUAUGCAAGAGCUUUUGUGAAGUUCUUGAAAAUAUUUUAA